UGUUCACAUAGAUGCUAACAAAGUAGCCGUAGAAGAGGAGACCUGAGAGAAAGAGAGAUCGAAGGAGAUUGAGCGGCGGGAAUGACGAAGGGGAAGCGAUCGCCAAAGACGAGCGAGAUCGACGCUUGAACUGUUACAGGACGUUUCCUUGGAACAAUCAAUCUAUUGGGGGCAUUGUUUGAUGCUAGCAUAAUUGCUGUAUCUUGCUGAUUCGAAUCUUUUGCUAUUCAGAUCCUUCUUUUGAUUGAGCAUUUAUGUCGGCAGCACUUUAUUUCUGGGUAAACUGUUUUGUCUGGAUCACUUUAUGAUUAUGAAGAGCCCACUGAUGUAAGGAGUAUGGCGGAGGUAAGUCCAGAAUCUCCGGUGCUCUCUACACUUGAUGGUCAAUAUGCCCGCUUAUUUGAGCAUGGAAAUAUGAAAGAAUUCCAGCUACUUUCAGAUGCAGAUUACGCAAAAUCUCCUAUUGUGGAGGAGCAAAUGUCUCAAGAUUCAUAUGAGAUCAUUUCAGCUCUUAGAAAAUCUUAUGAGUCAUUCAACAGACUAAAUGCUCCAAGAUCUGCUGCUUAUUGUAGCCAUAGAAUAGCUACGGAAUAUUUUACUGCAGGGGAUUUAGGUAAUGCGAAGCAGUUAUUUGAUGGUGUCGCAGGCCUUUACAGGCAGGAAGGCUGGAUCACUUUGUUGUGGGAAACUUUGGGUUACUUGAGGGAAUGCGCCAGGAGGCUUGUUUCAGUGGAAUAUUUUAUCCAGUAUUCCCUUGAGAUGGCUGCCUUGCCUGUUUUUCCUAGCGGUGGAGUAGAAGCUUCAGAUAGUAAAAGGGCAUUUGGCCCUGCUGGCCCUCCUACUCUUUCACAGAGGGAAACAAUACAGCAGGAAGUUUUCAGCCUCCUAAAGGGGCACGCAAGUGAACCAAGUAGCGGCCUGAUCAUACAAGAUAACCAGCCUAGAAGUCUUAAUAUUGAUCUAGUAAAUCCACUUAGGAUGGCAUUCCUCACAUCUGUUGCUUUUCACAAUCAGACUAUGAAGCCGGGCUCAUCGGCACUCCUAACCGUGUUUAUACUAUCACAACUGCCUCAUCCAGUGGAGAUCGAUCAGCUAGAAGUUAAAUUCAACCAGCCCAGCUGUAAUUUCAAAGUUGUUAGUGGUGAUGAAUUCUUUGCGAAAGAGAUCAAGGCAGAAAAUCAUGAUAUCCGUUUAAAAUCAGUUCCUUCUAUCAUAUUGACUACCAAUAAGUGGUGGAGAGUGACAAUUGAGAUUAGCUCGGGACAAAGUGGAAAGCUUGAGUGCGUAUCAGUAAAUGUUAUGUUGGGGCAUCAAUUCACUUUCUGCUGCAGGCCUGAAAGUCCUGCUUCAAUGGAAGAUUUGACGCUUUGGAAGUUUGAGGAUCUAAUGGAGAAUUUUCCAUCCAAAGACCCCAUAAUCUCAUUUUCUGGCCAAAAGUAUAUUCAGGUAGAAGAACCAGAACCGGAAGUAGAACUCACGUUGAAUGCAUCAAGCCCUGCAUUGGUUGGGGAGAAUUUCAUAGUUCCUGUCUCUGUAGUCUCCAAAGGUCAUCCUCUCCAUUCUGCUGAACUUAAGAUUAACCUUGUCGAUGCAAGGGGUGGUGGGAUGCUAAUGAGUCCACGAGACACCGAGCCAUUUUCAUUUGACAAACACCAUGUCGAACUUCUUAGCGUUUCUGGGGUAUUCGACGAUGAUUCUCAAUCAAACUCUAAUGACAUCAGAAAAAUCCAGCAGUCCUUUGGUGUUGUUUCCGUCCCAUUCUUAGGUGUUGGCCGGUCAUGGUCCUGCCGCCUGGAAAUAAAAUGGAACAGGCCCAAAUCUGUCAUGCUUUAUGUUUCAUUAGGUUAUAUGCCACAUCCAGAAAGCAAUUCAUCCAGAAUUAAUGUCCACAGGAGCUUGCAGAUUGAAGGUAAAAUCCCAUUCACCAUUUCUCAUCGCUUCAUGAUGCCUUUUCGGAGGGAACCUUUACUUCUCCCAAAACUCAAGGCAGCACAAACUUCCGAUCAGGAAAUGGCAUUACCUGAUGCUGAUCAGAAGAUGUCAUUGCCACUCAUCGGGCGAACCAUUCUCAUCGUGAGUGCCAGAAAUUGCAGCGAGAUUCCGUUGUACUUGACAUCGUUGGCAAUCGAACCUGAUGGCCACCAAGAUGUAGCAAGCUCUUGCACUGUGCAGCAAAGCAGCAGUGCUUCUCUUGAUCCUGCCCUUAUUGUUCCGGGGGAAGAGUUCAAGCAGGUCUUCGCUGUGACUCUGCAGGCUAAUUCGCCAAAUAUGGACAUUGGCACGGUUCAUCUGAAAUGGGUGAGAGAUUUCAAUCUUGGUCUGCAUUCUAAUACCGUUAUUAUGAAACAAAAUUUGCAGAGUGUGAGCGUUGAGACACCACCAUUGGUUGUCAGCCUUGAUUGUCCUCCCCAUGCUGUUCUUGGACUUCCUUUUUUUCUGUUCAUCAGAGUUCAGAAUAACACAAGCCUGCUUCAGGAGAUAAAGUACACAUUAGGGGACUCGCAGAGUUUUGUUUUUACUGGUCCUCACAGUGAUUCAGUCUUCAUUCUGCCAAAAUCGGAACACAUCAUCAGUUAUAAGCUUCUGGCGCUGGUUUCAGGCUUGCAGAAUCUUCCAUUAGUGACGGUGAUUUCAGUGAGGUAUUCAGCUGCAAUGAAUCCUUCUCCUGCAGCAACUACUGUUUUUGUUUAUCCUUCAGAGCCGCACUUUGAUGUUGGACGAAAGAGGGAACUGGUACGAGCUUUGUAGUGUAUUUUGCUGGGUUUUCUUUACAAGUAUGCUGCAUCAUCCGAAGUUUAUAUUUAUUUGGUUAAUUUAUUCAUUUAGGUUCUGCAUUUUAUAAUUUUUUUUUGAAAUGAUCGUCAUUACUUAGUACGAACAGUGUCAUUUUAUAGGAGAUUUUGUAUUUAAGAUGCCCAAAAAAUGAUGGCUCGCUUGUUCUGCACACUGAUUUUUGAGUUGAGCAUCGUUGUGGGGAUUUAAUAUAUAUACUGUAUUUUGUUUUUUUCACAGUUGAUAUUCAUCUUUUUCUAUUAAAAAUAGUUGAGAAAAUUUUCA